AUGAUUUCAGUAAAACGAGCACAUCUUAAUGGUAGUACAAAUCUAUAUCGUGAAGCUGCAAAGAAUAAUGCCCAAGAAAUGAUAUCCGAAGGCUUUCCCAACGCCAACAUUUUUGUUGAGCGUCCUGUUGAUAAUGAUUCUACAAAUAAACUCAAAAGAAAAUUUCAAAGACCAGCUCCAUCCGUUAUAAAAACACAAAUUUUAAAAUGGAAGCUUUGA